GCGUAAUAAUAUUUUCGACGUUAUUUUUGUUAUUUUUUUUUUAAAAAAAAAAUUUCCCUUAUUUUUGGCAACCUCAUAAUUUUAUUACCUCAAAAAGAUAUUAUUUUAUAUCUCAUAAAUUCCUUUUUAAAUUAAAUACGAAUAUAUUUUACGUUCAAACCAUACAAAGAGUCAACACGGAAACUAAAGGCAACAUAAUGUCUUCUACCGCAGCACUUGAUUUAGAUUUGGUAAACCAAUCAACAAUGAGAGUUCAACUUAUUCAAAACUAUCAACCAGUGCAACGGUUGAAUGAGUUUAGAUUAUUUUAUCAACCACCAAAUGAUAAUAAUUAUUAUCAUGUUACUUUUAAGAUGAUUUUACAACUUUCGGAAAGUUACAACGAUGAUUACGAUUAUGAAUUCUUUUAUCGGAGUUUAGAUGCUAGUUAUUAUGUUACAUGCAAAUUAUUACCACAUUCUUUGGUUAUUAAAAUUUUGAAUAAGGAAAUUUAUGAAAUUGAUUUCGAUACAAAUGAUCUGAAACAUAAACAUACAUUGACUUGGUAUCAAAAAUUAAAUCUCGAGCUCAAUUUAAAACAAGAUAUUCCUUUUCUACAAGAGAAAAUUUUAAAAAGCGACCCCUCGAAUACUUCAAUAGACCAAAUCCUAAGUACACAGCAAGAUUAUGAAUUUAAACUAUUCUAUCAACCAUUAGAUGAUUUUAACAUCUAUAAUAUUACUUGUAAACUUACUUUACAAAAUUAUGAUCAAAAUGGCGAUAUCGAUUACGAUUACGAAUUCUUUUGCAAGAUUCCAAAUGAUAUUAUUAAUACGCGACAUGUUACUUGUAAAUUUUUAAACCCUUCUUUGAUCAUAAAUAUAUUAAACAAGAAGGUUUAUGGAAUUGAUUUUGAUGUAAAUGAUUUGAAAUGCAACUCUACAUUAACUUGGCAACAAAAAUUAAAUCUCGAACUAAAUUUGAUAUACG